UAAAACAGUCAAAAACAGUGAAUAACAUUUAUACAGUGCAUCGGGUAAUUAACAUGUAUAUUCACGUACUUUGACGUACUCAUUUAACUUGAAAAGCAUCGCAUUACCUUAUUUCAACUUCCUGUUUACGUCCUCAUUCAACCUGAUCAAUAUUGAACUAGGUUUGUGAAUUAGUUUAACUAGAGAAAGGUAAAACGUUUGAAUAUAAAAGUUUUUAAACGUGUUUGUGUGAUUUUGAUUUAUGAUUUAUUAUGGAAAUAUUGCCUAUUAUAGUGUUGUAUGUGCUAGCAAUGGCUGUGGAAUGUUCAGCCAUUAUAACCAUGACAACAGACAAAACAUAUGUACCAGUGGGGGCCGAUGUACAUAUAUCAUGUACAAGUGAUGUGAAAAGUAUAACAAUACUGAUAUAUCAUGAUUCAAAAUAUAUAGCAUCCUGUUCGAUAUUCCAUUGUCAGCGAGUGGAUACAGAUUCUUCAUCAACAAUACCUGUAAGAGAUAACACAAAUUCGAGUUAUGAUAUUGUUAGUUUUGAGUUGAGGAAUUUCCAAGUUAAAGAUAGUGGGACAUACAAGUGCAUGGACAGAAGCAUCAGCAAUGGUCAAGACUUCGUGACUAUUAGACAUGGAGGCGCGCACUUCAGUGCGGCGUCAAGUGUGGUGCCAAUAACUGAGGUGAUUUUGACACCAAAUUUUAACCCGGUGAACCUGGUAGACGGCGUACCUUUUAAUUUCUCCUGCGUUACGUCCGAAAGCCGACCGGCUGCAUCAGUGUCCUGGUUUCAAGGAAGUGGACGUAUCUGGGGAUUUCGCCAAUCUUUUACGGUCAACUAUAUUACAACCAGCACUCUGACGUACAACCCUUCAAGAGAUGACCAGGGAGAGUUAAUCUGGUGUGAGGGCAAGAAUGGUGAAACAACGGUUAAAUCUUUGACCAAGCCUCAGGCAAAUAUACAGUUUGGUCCAAGUGUUCCAGAUUGUGAGUACGACGGUGCAGAUGCCCCAUCAUCAAUAACGGUUAGAGAGGGCUGGACUUUCUCAUUAGAUUGCAAUAGCAGCGGCAACCCUACACCUAGCCUGACAUGGACCCAUCCUGGACCGGGACCCAGUAGUCCACUUACGCUCUCAAACAUUCAAAAAAGUCAUUCUGGAACUUUUACCGUGACCAGUAGCAACACAUUGACACCGUCAGGAAGAUCAGAUAUUCAGAAAUCAAACUCCACUUCUUUUGUUGUUCUAGUGAUGUACAAAGCCGCUAUCACGGAAUUUAAAGUCGCCAAUUCGGAUGAUGAAGAAGUUAUUCUUAACGAGUUUGUCCCAGUUCUAAUCGAUUGCAAAGUCGACAGUUACCCUGAUGCUGAUAUUGUGCUGCAGAAAGAAGGUCAACCUAUAAAAGAAGGGAGAAACACUCAAAGCAUUCAAUAUGUGCUAAUUAGCAGUCAAUGCGAAGAUGAAGGGACCUACAGUUGCACUGGAAGUAACUUUUUGAACAGUGUUUCCGACAAAAGGACGUUGAAGGUAUUUGUAAAAUGUUCUCCCCGUGUUUCACACACAUCACCGACCAUACUUAACGUCACAGCCGGAACAAGCAGCUCAGCAACGUUGACUUUUAACUUCAUCGCUUACCCACGUCCAAGCGCCUCAGAUGUAACAUGGGAAAGACACGAUCUACAAACCGAUCAUUGGACGGUACUAUUUAACACAAGCGAUAUUGCCAUAACAUUGUCUCAAAACAGCCUUCAGACAAAUAUAUCAUUCAUUGAUGUCAAAGAGAUUAACUUUGGGCAAUACAGAGUUAACGUAAGCAACGAACUUGGCUCAAUCACAGAUACCUUUUUCCUCAAACCAGAAGGAGUGCCAAGUGUUCCACAUAAUUUAAAGUCUUCGGACAGAGUGACGGAAUCUUCGGUCAAUUUAACAUGGAUAUCAGGUUUUGACGGAGGACAUCCACAGACAUUUGUUGUCCAGUUUAGGGAUAUUUCGACAGUCAUAUGGAAAAAAGAGGAUGUAGAAACAGGUCACACUAACCACACACUAUUUAACCUGAAGCCAGGGACGACGUAUGAAGUCAAGGUGACUGCAAGAAACUCCUUAGGAAAUUCUGCCUCAUCAGACACCAUAACACUAACAACUUUAUCAGUUAUAGAAGAUCACACCGAGACUAGUCCAAAUACGGUUGGAGGGGCGAUUGGUGGAGCUAUCGGAGCGAUCGCGGCCGUAGUAAUCGUUGUAGUCAUUCUCAGACGGAAAUACUUCCUCCAUCGCAACGCUUCCAUUUUAAAGAACACAUAUCAUCCUGCUAGGCAAUCCGCACUUGGUACUGAAAACACCGAAACAACCGUAGCCCAGACGUUCGAAGACGUGCCCAUGCCAACGGAGAUAGCGGUUUACGAUAGUUUUAAUCAUGGAGACAAUAGAUCUUACAAUUUGCACGUGAACAUGCCGUUGAAUGAGUCCAGUUCAAAGUCACAGAUGUACCACGCGGAAAAUGUCAAAAAAGAGAACCCCAUUUACAAAUAUACGAGGGUGAAGAAUCCAGAAGAAACUGUGCUUUAAGUGGAUAAUUAACAUUUCAAAUGUGACGUUCUGACUCCGUUUUAACGAUGUAAAGAUUUGAAAAUUUUACAAUUUCAUUUUCUUUGCCAGUUAAAGAUUGAAAGAAUAUGUGUUUUAUACUCCAACUUCAACUCAUGAACCUGCAAUACAUUUCUGCAUUGAUAUAUAAAUUGUAUUGAUUUUAUUGUAUCGACAGUAUUAUAAAUGUUGGGAUUGGUAAAAUUUAUUAAAAGUGAUACUAGAAACAAGACAAUAUGAUUACAUAAAAGGUGACGUUAAACUGAUAUUUUAUCGGAAUCGAUAUUACCUGAAUAGAAUAUUAUUAUGCAAUCUACAAUAGGCAAUAUUUACGUUUUAAAGUCCGUAAAUUAUUGAGCCUAUGACUACUUGACUGUAUAUAAUUCAAAACAAAGCUUAAAAACCAAAAGCAAUGAUUUAAACAUUAUCUGAAAAGCUUAAGGAAUGUUUUAGAAAUACAAAACAUUCUGCCGACUCGGAGGUUAUUAUUUGGUAUACUAUUAUAAGAAAUAUCAACGAUAGAUCCAUUGUAGGAUGGCUUUAUUGUUGUAUACAAACCUGUAUUUUCCUAUUGCUGAUGCAAAAACAAAUGAAUGUUAAAACAUUUUGUUUCAAAUGUAUAGUGGAAGAAGACAUAAUGAAUUUUUAAAACCCUGAACUUUCCCUAAAAGAGACUUUCUAUCUUUUGACAAACUUCUUUUUUUGCUAAGGGUAGGAAAAACAAUGGGAUACAAUUACUUGUUUUCGCUAUAUAAACAAACAGGUUGAAUUCACUCCUUUACCAAUAUGAACCCAUCGCGUCAAACAUAGGGAAUGUUAUGAUGUUAUGCACCAGUCAAUUGUAACCACGCCCCCCCCCCCCCCAGGUCCGGGGAUAUACCGGGGAUAGCCGGUGAAAUGGGCCGUGUUUUUACUUUUCAGGUGGUCCCGGGUGACUGCGCUGGUUUUGUCUUCAUGCCAAAUUUAGCGGGAAAUUGGCCUUAUCUAGGGUCCCUUGGGUACGGGGGCAUUUGGCGCGGGGUUUACCAGCAGAUUGUCCCCGCAGAGCGGAGGCUUUGUCCGGGCUUGGCUGGACCGAAAUUCAAAGUCC